AUGACUGCAGAAGAUGGCUUCCGAUACUCGUCCCUGAACCCGCGGCACAACGAGAUCCGCCUAAUCAAGCUGCAACCGGUGCCCAAGUCGACCGAUGGAGCCGGCUACCUUCCCAUCAUCAGCUGCACGCUGCGGACCGCCAGCCUCGAAGAUGAGCUGGACUACUGCGCCCUGUCGUACGUCUGGGGCGACCCAAGCACCACGCGGCCCAUCCUGAUCGAUGGCAAAGCCUUCCACGUCACGGUCAACCUGGAAGCGGCGCUGCGGCAACUGGCCGAGGAGCUGCGACAGCGCCGCCAGAGCCCUACCUGGCUAUGGGUCGACUCGAUCUGCAUCAAUCAGUGUGACACUACGGAGCGAACGCAUCAGGUAUGCCAGAUGGACCAGAUCUACCGGAACGCGGCGCGCGUCGUUGUCUGGCUGGGGCCCAGCACGCCCGACAGCGACGCUGCCAUAGCCACGCUCGAAACCGUCUACUCGAUCGCGCAUACGUCGCGCACCAAGCACUGGGUGCGCUCAUGGCCGUUGUUCCAGUUCCAGGAGACGCCGCGGCCCGAGACGUCGGCGCACCGCAUCCAAGCCGCUUUGGAUGAGGUACUGGCACUGCUGCGUGCCGACGGCUGCCGCGCUUUGGAUGCCGUGUCGGCACUUUUCGCCCGGGACUGGUUCCGGCGUGUGUGGGUGCUACAGGAGGUCGCGUUGGCCAAAGACGCGACGCUUCUGUGCGGCGACGCCCGCAUUGACUGGCGCCGCUUCUACACGGCCUUCUGGAUGCUGUGCGGCCUGCGCGACUACCUCAAUGCCGUCGUUGUCACGCCGCGGAGACCGUCCACCCCCUCUGAGUACAUGGUCACUGCGGCUUUCCUCGACGCGAAGCUCCAGAAUGUCGCGUGUGCCGCCUUCAGUUGGGUGCUCGCCGGCACCGAUACUCCCCUCCGCCAAUUCCUUUAUUUCCUUGGCGGGAAUGCGGAUGGCACCCGUCUGCUGGCCUCGGACCCUCGCGACUACUGCUUCGCCCUACUCGGGCUAGCUAACGAUGCCUACGAAUUGAAGGUGCGCGCCGAUUACGACAAAUCAUGGCGAGACGUGCGCAUGCAUCUGGCCAAGGCAUGCCUCAAACACUAUGGCCUUGAGGCGCUGUCACACUGCAACAUCACCGCUUCGACAUCGCAGAGCGAUGAGGCUACGGAAGACGGGAAUGCUCCUUCCUGGGUCCCCGACUGGGCGUCGCCGCACCUGCCCAAGCCUCUGACCGUCUACUCGCAUCUCAACGUGCGAGGGGGCGGCGCCGGCCGCGCGUACAAGGCGUCAGGGGGCCUGCGACAGAGCGUUGAGGACUCGUCAUUCAACGCGCAGGGCGGGCUGAAGCUGUGGGCCAUCCGUGUCGAUGCUGUCGAGCGCGUUGGCGACAAGUUCUCGGUCGGAGAAGUCAGCUACAGGGACGGAGAGGACUUUCACUCCCUCGCUUCCUGGUUGGAGGCGCUGUCGGUCGUCUUGCCCGGUCCCACUGAGGUUUAUGACACUCCGGAGAAAGUUGUCGAGGCGCUGUGGAGGACACCGAUCGCGGAUCGGGCGUUCGUGCAUAAUUAUGAGACGAUACGCGCGCAGGAGGAUCUGAAGACGGGGUAUAUGGAUUUGCUUAGGGGAGCGAGAAGUCGCGAGGCUAUCAGGUACGCCGGAAUCGCGCAGUAUAAGCUCAACAAGAGAAAGCCGUUCAGAACGUCGACGGGCUUUGUUGGCAUUGGGCCCGAAGAGGUUGCCGAAGGAGAUUGCUUGUGGAUCCCCUUAGGCGCACACGUUCCGUUCGUCCUACGACAAUCAGAAGCUGGGCGUUGGGUCGUCGUUGGCGAGGCAUAUGUCCAUGGAAUUAUGGACGGAGAGCUUACGGAGCAAGAGAGUGUGGAGGUUAAGCAAAUUCAGCUAAAAUGA